UUAUGCCACCAAAAAAAAGAUGUAUUGGAAAAAUUACACCUAGGGCAAAAAAAAUGGCUCUACAACGCAGCACUGAAAGUGAAAAUAGAAGGCAACAAAGACUUGGACAUAACAGGGAGAGGAAUUUCGCUGCAAGGCUGCAUGAAUCAGAAGAAGAGCGAUCCAGUAGACUACAAGAGAACAGAGAGAGAACUGUGACUUUAAGACAAAAAGAAUCAGAAGAAGAGCGAUCCAGUAGGCUACAAGAGAACAGAGAGAGAAAUGUGACUUUAAGACAAAAAGAAUCAGAAGAAGAGCGAUCCAGUAGGCUACAAGAGAACAGAGAGAGAAAUGUGACUUUAAGACAAAAAGAAUCAGAAGAAGAGCGAUCCAGUAGACUACAAGAGAACAGAGAGAGAACUGUGACUUUAAGACAAAAAGAAUCAGAAGAAGAGCGAUCCAGUAGGCUACAAGAGAACAGAGAGAGAAAUGUGACUUUAAGACAAAAAGAAUCAGAAGAAGAGCGAUCCAGUAGGCUACAAGAGAACAGAGAGAGGAAUGUGACUUUAAGACAAAAAGAAUCAGAAGAAGAACGAUCCAGUAGGCUACAAGAGAACAGAGAGAGAAAUGUGACUUUAAGACAAAAAGAAUCAGAAGAAGAGCGAUCCAGUAGACUACAAGAUAACAGAGAGAGAAAUGUGACUUCAAGGCUGCAUGAAUCAGAAGAAGAAAGGUCAUCUAGACUUGAAUUAAGGCGUUUUAAUAGGUUAGCUGAAACGUCUGAACAUCAGCAAAUCAGGCUUUCUGGAAUUAAAAAUGCUACAAGUGUGUCACGGGCACGUGAACAACUGAGCGAUUUAAAAGGACUUGCCUUUAAUUACAACUCCCUAUACGAUUACUCCAAGCAUCCAAAAGUAGAACUAGGGAAAAUGAAUGUUCAAUGUAGACAUUGUCAUGCUUUAAAAUGGAGGGAAGAAACCCCCCGCAUGUGCUGUUCCAAUGGCAAGGUUAAACUGUCAUCUCUCCAGCCACCACCAGAGCCUUUAAAAUCUCUAAUGUCUGAAAAAACAGCCAAAGCAAGGCAUUUUCGUCAACAGAUAAGAAAAUACAAUUCGUGUUUCCAAAUGACAUCAUUUGGCGCUAAAAAAAUUCAAGAACCUGGGUUUAUGCCAACUUUUAAGGUGCAAGGUCAAGUCUACCAUUCUAUUGGAUCAUUGUUGCCAUUGCCCAACGAGCGAGCUCAAUUCCUACAAAUAUAUUUUAUGGGAAACAGCAAUGAAGAAGCUUCGCAUAGAAACACCCUGAUACCUAACACGCAACUAGACAUAAUAGUUGACCUGCAGCAGCUUCUACACCAACAUAACCCUUAG